AAAUCUCAAAACACAUUAUGAUUUAGUUGACCUUACUCAACAUGUUCUCUCUGUGUGGGUUUUCUCUGGGAUCUACGGUUUAAUCCCACCUCCCAAAAAAUAUGCAUGGGGGAUGGAUUCGGCAUGCUAAAAUGCCUUUAGGUGCCAGUUGUUUUCUUUCUAGGGUGUGUUCUCACCUCAAACCCAAUGUUUCUGGUAUAGACCCUGUAUCCACCAUGACCCAGACCAGGAUAAAGUAAACAAAUGAAUGAAAGCGAUGAAUAAAUGGCACUAUAAUCAAAUGUUUUCUUUCACAUUUAAGAUACAGAAGGUGUCCAAUUGUUGGAUGUAAUCCAGGGACAAAAUUGAGGUACAAUUUUAUCCGAGAACGUCUGAGGUUUAUUCACAGGAUUGUGAAUUUCACAAAAAAAAUAAAAAAAAUAUUGAUAUCCAUAAAAAAAGACAACAAAGGCUCAGAUCAUUUGACUAGGUUUAAUUAUACAGACAUUAAAAGGGUCUGACGUCUUUCGGGAAUAUGAAAUAUCCUCUAACAUUUAUUUUCUUAGCCACAAAGGGAAUGAACAAGUCAUGAAAUUGGGAAAACGUGAUGAAUAUUUAAUCAGAUGGCACACAGUUCAGAACAAAAGCGAGCCUGUGGGCUUUCCUACAAAGUCUCUGCCUAUUGGAUUCGAGCAGCUUCCUGCCAUAACGCGUUACUCAUUAACCCAAAGCCAGACGCUCAUCAUCUCCACAUACGUGGAUACCAGAGUUCACUCAAAAAUGUUUUAUUUAUAGUCUUCUUUUUUUAUUAUUAUUAUUAUUUAUUCAUCGCCCAGGCGCCGGUGAACACAAAGUGAAGAAGGUUGAUGUUCUGAGGCAUCCAUGUAUCAGACACAUUAAAGACUCAUGGCAAAGUGGUUGAAAGAUUACUUGAAUUUUGGCAGCAGGAAAGGACCGCCGCAGCCACCCAAGCCGGAUUACACAGAGAGCGAGAUACUUCGUGCAUACCGUGCACAGAAGGAGCUGGACUUUGAAGACCCAUAUGAACCAAACCGAGCAAAUAAUGGCUCGGGGACCUCUGACCCGUUUCCUGCAUUCGGAACAAUUCUUCCAAAUGGAAUGGAGGUCAAGAUCGUCUCACCUAAGCACAGACUGAUAAAAGUGGAAUCUCAGGAAUUCAACCGCUGCAAGGUCCCGCUGGGAAUCGUCUCAUUCGAGGAGCCUCAUGUCCCUGUCAUUCCAUCUGCCCCAGCAGUAGGGGACACCGAUUAUUCAGACCCGUUCGAUGCCCGCCCAGACCCACGACCCCAUCUCGGCUGGGAGUCUGGUUCUGUAGAAAACAGCAGCAGCUACAUGGAGCCAUUUGAGGCACAGAGAGUCAUCACGGAGCUGCAGCAUGUCUCGGAGCACGGCCGCACUCUCUCUCGGGGAAGUCCGCAGCUCUAUGACAGCCCAUAUGAAGAACAGGGAAUCUACAGGACCGGUCUUCCAGAGGAUGAGAGGGAGAGUCGAUUGCCUCAAGAUGAUGAGAGGCCAGCAGAUGAAUAUGACCAGCCCUGGGAGUGGAAGAAGGAAAACAUCUCUAAGGCAUUAGCUGUCUUUGUGCAUUUAGUACAGUUUGAUGGUGGCGAUUGGGAGCGGUCCACACUGCCCCAUACGGACCAGCACAGGAGAACGGGAACCUCCAGAACCAGCCCUCCAUCCAGCAAGGCCACCAGUCUACGCAAACCCAGUGACCACCACACCAUCCUGGGGGAAAGGGUGGACCCUGCAUUACCUCUGGAACAACAAGUGUGGUACCACGGCGCAUUGACACGCUCUGAAGCUGAGAAUCUGCUGACACUGUGUAAAGAGUGCAGUUACCUGGUGAGAAACAGUCAGACAAGCAGAAACGACUACUCUCUCUCCCUCAGGAGCUGUCAUGGCUUCAUGCAUAUGAAAUUCUCUCAGUCACGUGAUGGGAAGUACAUCCUCGGCGAGAACAGUCCUCCCUUUGACACAAUUCCUGAGGUCAUCUACUUCUACACCACCCACAAGCUCCCCAUCCGGGGUGCUGAACACCUCUCUCUGCUUUUCCCUGUGGUGGUCCAGACACUCUGAGAACAAGCACAGCUACACACUGACCCACACCUACUCACACACACGAAGGCCUGGACUUCUUUUUGCUUAGGUCGGGGACACGCACACUUGCAACUCCUCACAUGUUCACACACUCAGGGUCAAUUCUUGGUCAGCUUUGCAGUAGCGCUUUGUAUUUGAUAAAAUGUGUAGUUUUACGUGUGGAUUUUAAUAAUAGUGACCAUUUGAAUUGGUUUGAACGAUGGAUUGGUGUGAAUCUGCUCUGAAUCACGGUUUGGAGUGUCGCUGAUCUGCAGACUGGAAUUGAAAUGAAUAUUAAUGUGAUGGCUGAACUGAUGCCGUAGGUUAUUUGAAUACAUUGACACUACACACCUCCCAGUGCUUCUAUUCACAAAACUGUUUUAUAGACUGACUUCCAUUCAGUACAUUGUUUACCUUUACAGCUCGUACUCAAGACACGCUAGAAAUUUCCAUGAACUACGGAAUUAUGGACUUAUUUCUGCUGACCUCUAUUUUAGCCAGACUGACACACUGAUCCUACACACCACUGAGCUGUAGAUCUACCUUCCCUGUCUCUGUUGUAAGCAAAAACAUAACCUGAUCGACGAAUAUUAAGAUAUCAGUAAUUAGGGAUGCAUCGUUACUGAUACUUGUACUAAUAAGUGCUCCGAUACCGUGUCGUACCGUUUAACAUAAGCCUAGUGUACAAAACAAGAGUGUCAACACAACAGACGGACAACCGAAGGUACAUAUUUUUUUUACAAUACGUGGAACCUGAUGAAGCAUGUUAAAAUUUAAACAGUAUCUUUGAGCAAAAGUACAGGAACCGGUACUUUAUGUUGUGCAUGCAGCAUUAAGGAGUGCAUGCAGUUCAGCUAGCUCUGAGAUGCACAUGCUAUCCUUGCACUCACUCUCCUGCAAUUCACAGUAUUUUUAAUGAGCACUCUGGCUCAUGCUGCUCAUGCCAUAUAUUACAGAUACUGUUUACUUAACACCAUACGUAAAACUCCUCACUAGGAAGGAAUUUUAGCUGUGUAUGAAGUAGCACCAACAUAAACUUUCACGGUGCUCCUGAAAACCACACACUCCUUUCACUAUUGAUAUUAGUAUUAAUAAGUACAAGAAACCUGCAUUCAUACUCUGGAAAUGUGGCACCGAUGCAUCCUUAUCAUUUAUAGAAAUAAUUCAUAUAAAGCACGCUUGGCCAAAACAAGUUGCUCAUAUCCUAUUAUAAGUGCCAAUAUUUCAUUUGUCUUUCUGAGUUUUUGCUGCCUCUUUGGAGUCUGAUGAAAGGAAACCAAGCAACAGCUGUGGAAUGUGUGGAAUGUCUUUUCCUCCCACAGCUCAACACGUUGCUGCGUGUGGCGGAGGCAGUGAUUCAGACUUUAGAGAGAGGUGAAAAAAUUGAGACUCGCUCAUUCUGCGCACGUGCUCUGUACUUCAACCUCUUCUAUCCUUUUCAACAGAAGAAAGGUAGCAGGGCUGCGCUUCAUCAGCGGUCACCAUUCACAGCUUAAAUGGUCAUACUUACACUGUUAGAAACUACUGAACACAUGAGCACCAAUAACACUUCCUUUGUUGUGAUUGUACGGUUUACAAUUCAGUUGAAUCUCUUUGUAUAUAAAUCUGAGGUGAUAAGGGUGUGUACAGAUGCACCAUUGUGAGAUUCACCUUGAGUCUUGUCCACUCCUCCUUUAUCCGACUCCGUUUCUCAUUGAGUGAAACUAAGCCUUGUUUUGAUUGUGUUUAAACAUACGUUACAGCUGAAGCCUACAUUUUACAGAAAAGAUUGAUUGUGUUUUAAGUGAUAUAUUUUGUGUCAAAGACAGUUCAGGUUUCAGACUGAACAGGUUAAAAAAAAUGCUGACAUGAAAUCCUUUAUUCAAUUCAAUAUUUAUACCUGUAACACAGUACAUUGACUGAGAUGAUUUUCCAUAUUACAAUCACAAAUUGCACAAGUCCUCACAGCUGUGUAAAGGGAUAGAUCAGUGUUUUCAAACCUAAUCUCUGUCAACUGCAUGUGUGGUGUGUCCGCCAUUGUUAAAGACAAGAAUUUAAGAUUUUUUUUACACAGAACUUCAAUAGUAUAAAAGUCUAAAUUCAACCUUUUAAACUCAAUUGAUAAGCUAUAUAAAUUACAACCAUUCUGCUCUAAAAGUAAAGUUCCUAUGAUGCCAAAGUUAUUGUUAUUACUGUGUAAAUGGCAGAUAAAAGUUAAUACGUCAUUUCUAGUUUAUUAUUUUGGUCAUUUCUUCUUGUUCAAACUAUUCCCUACUUAUGAAGAACCAGUAUGAAGUUGGCAUUUUUUACUACAGACAUGUCCAAAGGACAGAGUGAUGCACUCAGUGAAACCUUCCAGUCAAAAGUGCUUAUGCAGAUCUGCACAAACAAGCAUCGAUUCCCCAACAACUACCGUUCUUGUCUGGCAUAUGGCAAUUGCACAUAGGCUGUAGAUAUAAUAAAAGAAGAUUUAAGUUAGGAAAACACUGGCGUAUACCUUCAAGCUUUUACACCUAUGGCACACGCUAGCAUUAUCACAGGAUCUACUCUUGCAGAGUGUAAUAUUAGAGAACUACACUGUAGUUGUGUUUGAUUAUGAUGACUACUUUUACUGACUUUAUGUACUUGGUUUCUUUUAAAUAAAAUAAGCUUCUUUUUAAAAAAUAAAAGCUGCAUUAUCAUUUUUCUAUGAUCAUACCAGGACUGAAUGUAGUGUAGCGCUUGGAUUUUUAAAUAUGUUCACAGAUAUAUAUUCUAGCUCGGUUUAUUUACAAGCACAAAGACCGUUCCUGCAAAGCUGCAAACAAUGCAUACAGAAAAAUAGGUCACGACUCCCAUGUGUGCCUGAUUCCGCAUUCUGAGCUAUCGGGGUGUGUAUGAGCGAGGGAGAGAAGUGUGUGGAUUUAGAACAGAGUGCCUGCUUUCCCUGCUUUCUCCCAGAUAACCCAAACAUAGUUUUAAUUGUUUAGACAUGUGACAUCCUAGUAUUGUUCUGCAGUCCUAAUCCAGAGUGCCUUAAUGACUCAAAAUAGCAAGUGAGAGAAAAUGUAUCCUCAUACAGUAUCAUGGAAGUUGGUUUUUAUGGAGGUAUGUUAAAGUGUGGGUGUGGUUGUAUACUUCUCUGUGUGUGUGUGUGUGUGUGAGUGAGUGAGUGAGUGAGUGAGUGCUGCCUGCUGUGGGAGAGCAGGUGUGAAAUGUAGAGUGCACUGAAGUAGAAAGAGCAAGAACAUUUCAUCAGUGACGGGUCACAGAGAACUCCAAAAUACCCGUGGAAGCCACUGUGGUUGCUAUAGCAACAGUAGCAUUUAGUCCCGUUCCAGUUUUCAAAGGAAAACUGAAUUAAAACAAAUUACAUAUUGUAACAUAAAUGUUAUAUUGACUUUUAAGGUGCUACCAUGCUGCUAUGCAUCUUUUGACUGGUGCAAGGUAAUAUGACCAUAUAACAUCAAUUUUAACCUCACUAUUAUAGUGUUCAGUUUAAAGUGCUCAAUGUUUCCUUGUUUAAAAAGACAUAAAUAAAAUAUAAACAUAAUUGGA